CUUAGAAGAAGCUCAGGAAAGGAGUAAGACCUAUUCCAAUGCUCGUAUGUCUGACCGCAACGGUCUCGGUCAUCACAUCCACUUCUCAGGGCCUAAGUCUUAUCAAGAAAUCCAAGACGAUAUGGUAAGUUUAAUUCUGUUACUUCUUGUUAUUAAACUUUGUAACUAUGAAUUCAGACAUCUGUUUUGGAGAUGUUAAUAUCUGUUUAUUUGGUUACAUUGCAGGAAGAGGAAUUGGGAAGACCGGUAAGUCUUGGUGAAGUUUUCAUCAAGAAACAUACAAGGCCGGAUGGUACAUAUGUUGAUCGGAAAGCGGAGAAGAUUGCAAAAACUUAUGAGCAGAAUGUGCUUGAUAGGUUGAAUGACCUAGAGGCAGAUCCUUCUGCAGUUUCUGAUGGCACUUCACGACCUCGGGAGCUCACAACAGAGGAGAAAACCACCAUCUUUCUUCAGUCCACUGAGAGAGAUGCAAGGGGAAAUCCGUAUGGAAUCGGAAGUCUGAAGAACACUCUUGUCAGUGGCAAUCGCAAGUACCCUGGAGACUCAUCAUCCUUUCAAGCUCUGGAAGAACAGCUAAAGGAUGCUCACCGCAAAAUAGAAGAGCAGGUUGCAUAUAAUGAAAGGCGAGAGUCUGAGGUUGCUUCCCGUGAAGCUGAGCAAGCUCGAGUCGCGGCUGAGCAAAAGGACAAGCUCGAGCACUUGUCCUUGGUGGAGAAGUAUCUGCGUCAAACUGAUCCUCAAUUCCUCCACUUCAUGGCCACUCAUUCUUCUUCAGCUGGUACCACAGACCCAAUUCCCCAACAAGAUCCAUAGGUUGCUCUAUUUCCCAACUCUAUUCCUUUUCCCUUGAACAUUGACGUGAACAUUAUGUGUGAUCUGUAACUGUUGUAGUUUGCUAUGUUUAAAUGGUUUGAACACGAACUUAAUGUGUAUUUCCCUUGUAACU